GCCUGAGGAAAGUGACAAUGAAUCUUCACCUGUCAUUGCACCAGAGCCUGAACAUACAAAAUCUAUCUGCAGCACAGGCUCUAUGGUCAAACCUGCUCUGUCUGAAAACUCAGAGAGUUCAUGCAGAGAGACAGAUGAGCAGCCAAAGAAAUCCCAAAUGACUCAUGAGGAGAUCCUAGAGAAACUGAGGAGCAUUGUGAGUGUGGAAGAACCCAAGAAUAAAUAUACUGAAUUUAAAAAAAUUGGCCAGGGGGCAUCAGGAACAGUUUACACGACAGUUGACAUCACCACAGGACAAGUGGUGGCCAUAAAGAAAAUAAAUCUCCAUCAACAGAGCAGAAAGGAACUCAUUCUUAAUGAAAUCCAACUCAUGAGGGAAAAUCAUCAUGCUAAUAUUGUGAACUAUUUAGACAGCUACCUAGUCAAUAAUGAACUCUGGUUGGCUAUGGAAUAUUUAGAUGGAGGUUCAUUAUUUGAUGUUGUUGCCUGGGUAUGCAUGGAUGAAGGACAUAUAGCAGCAGUCUGCAGGGAGUGCCUUCAAGCCCUGCAUUUCCUUCAUUCAAAUCAGCUGAUACACAGAGAUAUCAAAAGUGACAACAUCCUUUUGCGAAUGAAUGGCUCAGUCAAAUUGGCUGAUUUUGGCUUAUGUGUUCAGUACAAGCAUAGAAAACGGAACACAGUGGUUGGGACUUCAUACUGGAUGGCCCCAGAAAUGUUGGCACAAAAGCCAUAUGGCCCCAAAGUAGAUGUGUGGUCACUUGGGAUCACAGCAGUAGAAAUGCUGGAAGGUGAACCUCCUUACUACAAGGAAAAUCCUCUUAAGGUAAGGUGCAAAGAAAUAGAUACUACUGUCUUUCUCAUCUAUCCUCUGUUUUGUCUCCCAUGAGACAAAAUCCAGAUCACAUCAGCUUGGACUAAGUUCUACCAAGGCCUGCUUCUAAAAAUGUUACUGAAGCACAUAAGCACAUCCUGUAGCAUUGGUUAUGUCAAUGGGAGAACCUCAAGGGAGAAGUGACAUGUACCUAGUUCAAAAAUGUGGUAUGCUUGGCUUUUCUCCUGCAGUUUUUACUAUUGUAU